UUGUCUCCCUUCUCUCUUUUUGGAGUGAUAAACUUCAGAAGAGGUGGUCACUACACUUUAGGUUCUUGGAUAGUUCUAUCCAUGAAGGAUUGGGCUCCCUCCAUUAUAGCUUCAGCUCUGUUUGCAUUCCUGAGCCCUGGAGUGAUCUUCCAGUUGCCGGGGAAGCACCGGCCGGUCGAAUUCAUGAACAUGAAGACCAGCUGGGUCUCCAUUCUGGCCCACGCUCUCUUUUUUGGUUUGCUUCUCAUGUUGUUCCUUAUCAUUUUGCAAGCUCAUCUCUAUGUUUAAGACUAGUGGCAGACCAUAGUUCUAUAUCUUCAAUGGCCCUAAAAAA